ACAGGUAGCCUGUGUAUAGUUUGGGCUUUCGUUCCAUCCUUUCUCUGUCUCAACUAUUGUAAUAACAGAUGGGGAAUUCAACAAGGGGAUCCUCCUUGACUAUUUGCACUCAUUCUCUGCAAAGCAAAGAUGUGACCCACAGCUCUCUGGUGAUUUUACAACAAGUUGGUUGAGCUUGCUUCACAGACAUUUUCCUUCUGCCGGGGAUUAGCAUAAUGCAUACUUAUGCCACACCCUGCUUGGCUGCUUAAUCAUAUGACAAUUAUUUCCGAACACUGAGUGUCUUCUCUGUGGGAAGGGAGGUGAGCUGGGGAAAGCCUUAAUUUGUGCUUUUUGACUGGCUGCAAACAGCUGAUCCCUCCCUUUUCCUGAAUCUACAUGCCUCUUGCUCAUAGGUGAAUGGAUGCAGAUGUGGGUGUUGUAUAAUGCAGCUGCCAAUUGUUUGUUUGAGAUACUUUGCAAUCAGCUUUUGAUGCCUUCCAAACCUUUUCUCCUGUGUGUGACGUGGGCUUCUCGGUAGGACACCUGCGAGACCACAAGCGGUUCAUGGGAGUAUACAGUCAUAAUCUGCGUGGGGGUCUUUCUUCUUAACGAAACAAGGAAAGGAACUGUAGAGCUGUGACUCCUUUAUCCGCUUCAGACAAAAGGAAGACAAGCAAGGCCAUGGUGAAGUUGGCAGCUGCCCUUUUGUGUGCAGGUUGCUUUCUGCUCACGGUCACAGGCAAUGAUGAUUUUGACUUAGCAGAUGCUCUUGACAAAGGUACCCCAAAGCCUCCUCCAGCUACCAAAAAGCCUUCAGUGGAUGGCAACUCCAGACCUAAGCUGUAUCCUGACCUUAGACCACACGGAGGUGGCAACGGAAACAAUGAUCCCGACUUUCACUUAGGAGAUGCCCUCGGUGCUGGUGAUGGUCCUCCUCCGAACCCUCAGCCAUACCCACGUCCACGUCCACAGCCAGGAAGCCAUAUUAAUUCUGGUGAUUUUAAUGAUUUGGAUCUCAAUGAUGGAAGACCUCCACCUCCAGGACCAGCAGGGGGCAAUGAUCACAUUUCAAAUCAAGGUGGCAACACUGUGGAUAGUUCGGCAGCUCAGAUUUCGUCUCCUGUUGUGAUUGCAGUUGUGCUGUUAGCCUGUGGGGCAAUAGCGGGCUACACUGCUUACAAGAAAAAGAGAUACUGUUUUAAACCGAGAGGUGGGGCAGUUGUCUAAACCAUCAAGAAACCAACUGAGAAAUACUGACCUCCAGAAGAUCAUCUAUAAACUCUCACACACUAUGUUACAUUUAUGUAUAAAUUCUCCCAUUGAGCUUUUCAGUAAUAUGGCAGUUUCCUUGAGUGAAAACUGUUAACCAGUAUUUCAAAGCUAGAAACUAAUUAAUUGCACACAACUACAUGAGAGUUCUUCAUUAAUAUGGCAUAAAAUGUUUCUAAAUGUCAUACUUCGUAGGGGGAAAAAGUCUUUCAACUAUAUUUUCUGUUUUACUCAGGGAGUAAUUGGAACACGGCCGCUACCCUGGAGGUAGCUUUGAGCAAUGCACAGGUUUAUUUGCCACUGACAAUCAGAAUAUCAAUAAAUCUUUGUAAUGGCAAUAUGAAGUGAUUUAUCUCAGUUCAGACAUUGCUCAUUAUUUGGAUGAGCCUAAUGCAUUUUUUAAAGCAUUUUGGUAAUAUUUUAUUAAGCAGCAGGUGUCCUAGUCAGUAAAUGCAGCAUCAGAUCCAGAGUAUGUGAGAAACUGCUUUCUGCCCAACAAACCUGUCUGUGUAUUAGAAUCAAUAACAGAGACCCUGGUCUUGGAGUUUCCAGCACCAGAUAUUCAGUGAAUAACAACUGGCUAUGAGGCUUUCUUGGUUGUGCUGCCCUGGCAAUGGAAUGACCUCCCCAGAUCUAUCUGUUGGUGGCAUGCUCUUAAGUACUUGGCAAAGGCUAUUUUAUUUUCUUCUGCUUUUUAGUGAAAUCUGCUUUUUAGAUCUAUUUUGGUUGCUAAUGUUACUUUGUUGAGGUUUCUGAUUUUAGUCAAUUGUCUGGACAGGGUAGUGAGUCUUUAAUUCAUUAAUUCAAUCUGUUGGUAUCUGUGAGAUAUGAAACACAUUGGGUUCACUCGCAAGUAAUAACCCUCAAUCAGAUAUGUGGAUCCACAUGAACAAAUAAACAUGUUUCUGAAUGCACAUUCCCAUCUGGAUUCAGUCUGGUAUGAUAAAAAAAAAAUGAAUUGUGCAUUGUGCAGUGUUAAAAACUCUACUGGUAUCUGCAAGGCUCCUAGUUGGGCUCAAGGAUUUCUGGCUUAGGGAUAUUGUAUUUAAAAGUGGUGGUGGGAUUUCCCCCUACCCCUGACUUUUCUGUCUAUUUUUAAUACAUAAUGAUUUCUCAUGAUCAUCUUUGUUAGCGUAUCAGUUGUCUAUUAUUUGCAGAAUUUAUGGGGGGAUUAUGUUCUUGUUGUUUUCCUUUCUGCCUUAAACUGCACUUGAACAAUUGUGCCAAAUGAAGAACUAUUGCAAUGGAAUAAGUAUUUAAAUAUAUUAAUAUGCUGCACAUUAAAAGUAAAAAAA